GCUUGAACAUGUCCUACUAGUCUUAACCUUAUUAAAUGCCACCUUCAAUUUCUUUGAUGAACACCAAUAGAACUAUGUCUAUAGCUAUGUCCACAACUACAAAGAGAGAAUUUGGUAACUCUAAUGAAGAAAAUGAGCUUAGAAGAGGACCAUGGACUCUUGAAGAAGAUAGUUUACUAAUACAAUAUAUUGCUCGUCAUGGUGAAGGUCGUUGGAAUAUGUUAGCCAAAAGUGCAGGAUUGAAGAGGACUGGAAAAAGCUGCAGACUUAGAUGGUUGAAUUACUUGAAACCUGACAUUAAGAGAGGGAAUCUUUCUCCUCAAGAACAAUUGUUGAUCCUUGAACUUCAUUCUAAGUGGGGUAACAGGUGGUCAAAAAUUGCUCAGCAUCUACCAGGAAGAACAGAUAACGAGAUAAAGAAUUACUGGAGAACAAGGGUGCAAAAACAAGCGCGCCAACUUAACAUUGAAUCUGGUAGCAAGAGAUUCCUUGAUGCUGUUAAGUGUUUUUGGAUGCCAAGAUUGCUUCAAAAGAUGGAACAGAACACUUCACCAAUCUCUGAUCAUUCUUCUAUCACAAACAUGAAUAAUUUUGGGAAUUCUUUUGAAGCUUCAACUAGUACUAAUAAUUCAAUCUCAACAAGCUUCAAUGUUCCUUCUAUAUCUCCAUCAUCUCAAAAUUCCUUCAUAGAUGCUUCAAGUGCAAAUCAUUUGAGUACCAUGUCCAGCACCAACAACAAUCCUUCUUUGGAUUUCUUGCAAUUUUCACAGCCACUUGAAAUUUCCGAAAACUCGAAAAGUGCUCCAAAUGUGUUAGACAACAAUGUUUAUAACUGUCCGAUUCAGGAAAAUUACUCUAUUGAUGAUACCAAUAACUAUGGCUUUGAAGGUCUAUACUUUGAUCCACCUUCUUCAAUGGAAACUUGUGACUUUUCACAGUUUGAUUUUCAAACUUCAGGGAGUGGUUGGAUGUUAGACAACAUGGCUAAUAGUACUUUGUGGAACAUGGAUGCUAUGUGACAAGUGUACCAAAAAAUAUCACUAAUAAUUAAUGAUAAAUAUAUAGUUAUGAAGAUUCUAUAGGUAUACUGAUUCUAAUUGACUAAAAUAGUCUCACUGAUAGAGAUUAGUUUAGUAUAAGAUUUAUUAUGAGUUCUAAACUAGCAUAUAUACUUAUAUUUCCUUUUUUCUUUUUUUAUGAAUUAUAGCAUACUUACAUAUAAAUGGAAGAUAGGAUAUUAAUGUUGCCUGUUCAUAUUAUGUUAUGGAAAAGCUGUAAUAAUUUGAUUAAGAGAAUAUAUCUUGGUUGUUAAAAGUG